GUCCACGACGACAGAGCGUCGGUGUUAGAUUAGAACUCGGUGACACUAGCGACAGUACCCGUUUGUUUAAAGGAGUUUUCAGUGCCAGUUUGUGCAGACCCCAAAACUCCGACUCUGUUCAGCAGACCUUUGCCCUUGUGCACCUAGAAUUUUCGUGUGCUAAUUUGGUCACCUCUGUGUCAGGUAGAUAUCUGGACUUUUCCAGCUGACAAAAAUGAGCCAGAACGCUACUCCCCAGACAACAGAAGGCCAUAUGUCUAUGAAUGAUCAGCAGAGCAAUUCUUCGUCGGGAACAAACAAUACAGAGCAUCCGUCCUCGUCGUCGGUAUCGUCUGUGCCCACUGUGUCGGACUCAACGGCCGUCAACUCCAGGGAGUUGCUCAACGCCUACGUCUACGACUUCAUCCUCAAGUCUGGAUUCACAGCGACGGCAAGCGCGUUUUUCAAAGAGGCCAACAUCCCGGUGAUCCACAGCGAGAAGAGGCCCACAAACUCGCCUUCCAGCUCUGCCACGGGCACCUCCGACCUGCCUGCGUCGUUCAUGACCAUGGACGCCCCGCAAGGCUUUCUGUACGAGUGGUGGCAGAUCUUCUGGGACGUCUUCAACGCCCGCACCCAGCGCGGCGGAACCACGAACGCCACGCAGUACUACCACUACGUGAACCUCAAGCAGAAGCAGGACCACCUGAUGAGCCAGCAGGCCGCGGCAGUGGCAGCUGCCUCCACGGUCAUGAACGGCAACAACACCUCGAUGAGCGGCGCACCGGUGACGUCUGCGGCUCAGGAUAUCGGUGUCCUGAUGCCCCAGCAGCAACAGCAACAGCAGCAGGCGCAAAUGGCCCAUCCACCGCAGCAGGUUCCGAUGGCCCAGCAGCAAAGGGUCAACGCUCGCAUGCAACAGCCCCAGCAACAGCAGAGCCAGAGCAUGCCGAUGCAUCCUCAGGCGGCCGCCCAGGCCCAGAUGAACACGCUCAGGCAGCAACAGAUCGCGCAACAGGCCCAGGCUGCACAGGUGGCAGCGCAGGCCGUUUCGCAGAGAGGGUCCCCGUCGAAACGCCAGAGGAUGGACGCUGCUGGUAACGGCAGCGCAACAGAGAUCAACCAGACCUCGUCGCCCAACAUCGCCAUGAACUCUCAGCAGCAGCAGCAGCAACAGCAACAUCCGCCGAUGCCAAUGCCGCAGGGAAUGAUGAUCCCCAACCAGUUUGGUGUUCCGCAGCAGUACGCCAUGUUUGCUGCCGCGCAGGCUGCUCAGCAGGGCCAGUCGCAGCAGAAGUUCAACCAGUACAUGAUUCCAAAUUUCCAGAACCAGCCCCAGCAGCCCCAGCAGCAAAUGCUGAUGCACCAGCAGAUGCACCAGCAGUCGGUGCACAUGCAGCACGACCAGCAGCAUCCUCCCCCUCCUCCGCCAAACGUGCCUCAGCACUCACAGACUUUCUCGAACCCUAAUGACUUCUUCCACGAGAUGCCCAAGCAGAACAAUCCAGGAACCGCCAGGGUGAACGAUACCGCCAUCAAAGACUACGAAAAACAGCUCCGCUUGAUGGAGUCGCAGAAUCGCAGACGUUUGGACGUGCACCGCAACGUGUCGGACUCCAAGGACCCAAACUCUCCUGGCAGCGCGCAGUUCACCGAGUACUCGGCCAUGCUGAACCAGAUGCCGCCGCAGCACGCGGCCGCCUCGAUUAUGCAGCAGAGAGCAUCUCCGGCAACAAAGGCGUCUCCAACCACCAAGUCGCCGGCUAACGGGGCUCCGCCGGCCAACGGCAAGCAAAAGAAGGCUCCGCGCAAGGCACGCAAAAAUUCGUCCUCUGUUCCUGCCACGCCGUUGACCCCGGCCAACAACCAGCCAACCCCUCAGACAAACAUCCCUCCUACUCCACAGAACACCACUCCACAGCAAACCCCUCAGUCGUCCGCAGCCGCUGCUUCUCAAGUGAUGGCUGGCAAAAAAGGAAUCAAGCGAAAGAACAGAGGACGAGCCAUUUAUCCUAUCGAGUACAGCAGGUAA